AUGGAAAAAGUAAACGUAAAACCAUUGCCGUUGGUUGGUGAAAUUUUUCGGGCAUUCGAAAAGAAUUUGGGUUUUCAGAAUCCUAUUAAAUGGCCAAGUGCUAUUGGCAUAAUCCUAUAUCAUGUUGUCGCCGUAUACUGGUGCCAACAUUACAGUUUUCCGGUUAAAUGGCAAACUUUAGUUUUUGCUUUAAUCAUGUACGUAGCUACUGGAUUCGGUAUCACGGGUGGAGCACAUCGUUUGUGGACACACAAAGCUUACAAAGCAAGAUUACCAUUAAAACUAUUCCUUCUCAUGUGCUUUGCUUCAAGCGGUCAGAAUUCCUUAGAACAAUGGGUUCGUGACCAUCGGGUUCAUCACAAGUACAGCGAUACGGACGCAGACCCACACAACGCCAACCGUGGACUGUUCUUCUCUCACAUAGGAUGGUUAAUGCUAAAGAAGAACGACCAGGUGCUCCAACGGGGGAAACAGAUAGACAUGUCUGAUAUUACUGAUGACCCACUACUUCGAUAUUUUAACAAAAAUUUCGUCUACAUCAAGUUACUGUUCUGCUAUGCUCUACCACUCUUUAUUAACGUAGCGCUCUUGGGAGAAAACUGGCGAUGCGCUGUCGCAUGGCAAUUCUUCAUCCGGUUUCUCAGCAUGUUCCAUAGCGAGCUGACCGUCAACAGCCUUGCACAUAUCUAUGGAUACAGGCCUUACAACAAAAACAUCGUACCAAAAGAAAAUCGUUUUGUGGCAACCUGCACUUUGGGAGAAGGAUGGCACAACUAUCACCACGCAUUCCCCUUCGACUACAAAGCGGCCGAGCAUUUUGAUUUCUUCAAUUGGGGAACUGUGUUCAUCCGCUUCUUCAACAGAAUUGGCUGGGCCUAUGACCUCCGUGAAGCAACUCCUGAAAUGGUCAAUUCAAUUGCAGAUAGGUUAGGCGACGGAACACCAGUCCACUACCCGAUUACAAAAUCAGAAAGACGUAGAAAGGGCACUUAUCGAGCCCUUAAUGCCAUGAGCGCACAUCAUGAGGCGACUAAGAAAAACCGCUUUAGAAAAAUACCCAGACAAGCAAUACCUUUAAACACUAAAACAAAAGACCGGGAUAAAGAUUCUGUAAGAAUUCUGAAGAAUUUAGAUAUGAUCCCAGCGGCUAAAAUGAAGCCAGUAGACCUAAAUGUAAGAAGAUAUUGA